AUGGCCUUUUUACUAGUGUCAUCAUACCUUCUGCUGACUCAUGCUCAUGGUGCUCCAUCUGAGAAGGGGGCUCUCAUGGAGACUCUGAAGUCCCAAGUCAUGGUAUUCAGCAAUAAAAGUGAACACUAUCCAGUACAAGUGAGGCCUCCUGGAACAAACAGACGAAUACCUCAGACAAUCAUUAUUGGAGUUCGUAAAGGAGGAACCAGGGCAUUACUUGAAAUGUUGGAUGUUCACCCAAACAUUGUGGUAGCAGCUACUGAAGUUCACUUUUUUGACUGGGAUGAGAAUUAUGUGAAAGGAAUAGACUGGUAUAGGAACCUGAUGCCAUUUUCAUAUGAAAAUCAAAUAACCAUUGAGAAAACGCCAGGCUAUUUUACUUCGCCACAGGCUCCCGAAAGGAUUCAUGAUAUGAAUAGCUCUAUUAAGCUGCUGCUUAUUCUGAGAGACCCCACAGAGAGAGUUAUCUCUGAUUAUACCCAAGUCUAUUACAAUAGAUUAGAAAGCCACAAGCCUGUGCAGCUCUUUGAAGACAUUGUUAUUAAAAAUGGAGCACUUAAUACCAAAUACAAGGCUAUCCAGAGAAGCUUGUAUGACCUCCAUAUGGAGAAGUGGCUUAAACAUUUCAGUUUGGAUCAGAUUCACAUAGUGGAUGGGAAUACUUUAAUCAAGGAUCCUCUUCCUGAAUUACAAAAAGUGGAAAGAUUUCUUAAUCUGCCUUCCAGAAUCAUGUCUUCAAAUUUUUAUUUUAACCAGACCAAGGGAUUCUACUGCAUUCGAAGUGACGGAAAAGAGCGAUGUUUACAUGAAUCAAAAGGACGCCCACAUCCUGUUGUGAACAGUACUGUUUUAGAGCAACUUUACUCCUAUUUCAGAGAGCACAAUGCAAAAUUUUACAAGUUGAUUAAUCAUUCUUUUGACUGGCAUUAGUAACUUUUUUGGAAAAAAAGGAUUUUUUAAAAACGUCCCGUGGUGAACUAUUUUCAAGCACUUCCUGACAAACUCCGGGUUGCAGUCACCUUGACAAGAAGACCAGAGUUUGCUUUUCUGUGGUAUCACACUAGGAGUCCAUUGCAUUAAUGGAAGGUACUCUUUAGUAUAAGAGGAGCUAGCAGCAGUGUCUUUAACUACUGUGAUGAACUUCAUUGCACUAGUGCAAGCCCACCAACUUCAGUGGAGUUGAUUCAGAUUUACACUUGUA